AACUUUCCAGGAAACUGCCACAGGCAGACCGGAGGAGACGGGCAGACGGCUACGGCAAAAUUACUCAAAAUCAGAAAUGUCGUCCUAGUUGUCUUCGUGCGCGGAAGUCCUUGAAAAAUUAAAAUACACACACAGGAAAAAGGGGGUGGGCGAGAAAAUCUGGAUCUGGGGGCUAUAGCUAUUAGCCGUUAUACACGUUGCUUGAGAAACUCUUGUUUUCUCGGCUAUCAAUAGUCAAUACUGCUUUGUUUCUCUCUCUACGCUUAAACCAUUGAGGCGGAAAAUCGACUAGCACGAAUCCCUCCAUCCAAGCCGACAUCCCAGAUCAGACGACCAAAGCUAGCAAGUGUCAACUGCGCUAGACGUUCCUUGCCUUGGUUUCGAGGAAACUACAUCGAGUAGGCGACGCCUUCUAUGAGAAUGGAACAAUUGGCGUGCUAGUAGUUAGAGAAUGGACUAUAAGUUACAAAUUGUUGGCACCAAACCUCAACUUGAAAUGGGAUCACUAGACGGUAAAUCAACCCAUGAGUUCGAGGAGGAGAGUCUUUUUAGAGCGGAAAUAGAUUCUCAGAAGUUGCAACCUAUGCAUACGGCUGAGAGUGGAUCGUGUUCUGGAGGUUUGCGAGCUGGUAUGAGUAUGAUAUCAAGGAAUCUUAUGUAUAGGAGCAUAAGGACUGUUGUUUUCUCCAGUAAACUCAACUUGCUGAUUCCUUUUGGGCCACUAGCAAUUCUUGCUGAGAAACUGACCGGCCAUCGAGGUUGGGUCUUCUUUCUGAGCUUAUUGGGUAUAACACCUUUGGCUGAGCGUUUAGGCUAUGCUACAGAGCAGCUGGCUUUUUACACCGGACCUACAGUUGGAGGCCUUUUAAAUGCUACUUUUGGAAAUGCAACAGAACUUAUUAUAUCAAUCUAUGCACUUAGAAGUGGACUGAUACGUGUUGUUCAGCUGUCAUUAUUGGGCUCAAUUCUAUCAAACAUGUUGCUGGUGCUUGGAUGUGCAUUCUUUUGUGGUGGGCUUGUUUUUCAUAAGAAAGAACAGCAGUUUAAUAAGGCAACUGCUGCUGUAAGCUCCGGAUUGCUGUUGAUGGCAGUCAUGGGCCUGCUUUUUCCAGCUGUUCUUCAUUAUACACACACUGAGGUUCAUUUUGGAAAGUCAGAGUUGGCUCUUUCAAGAUUUAGCAGUUGCAUCAUGCUUGUGGCAUAUGCUGCAUACCUUUUUUUCCAGCUAAAGAGUCAAAAUAAUCUAUAUUCCCCUCUCAAUGAGGAAGGGAGUCAAAAUGAAGAGGGACCGGAUGAAGAUGAAGCUCCAGAGAUCUCUAAAUGGGAAUCAGUAAUUUGGCUUUUUAUUAUGACUGCUUCUAUCUCAAUCCUAUCUGAGUAUUUAGUUCGUGCAAUAGAGGGAGCAUCCGUUGCAUGGAAUAUUUCGAUUGUUUUUAUUAGUGUUAUUUUGCUCCCGAUCGUGGGGAAUGCUGCAGAGCAUGCAAGUGCUAUUAUGUUUGCCAUGAAAAACAAACUUGACAUUUCUUUAGGAGUGGCAAUAGGAUCUUCAACACAGAUAUCCAUGUUUGGGAUUCCUUUUUGUGUGGUGGUUGGUUGGAUUAUGGGGCAACCCAUGGACUUAAACUUUCAACUUUUCGAGACAGCAACACUUUUUAUAACCGUCUUAGUAGUUGCCUUCAUGCUGCAGGAAGGAACCUCAAAUUACUUCAAAGGACUGAUGCUUAUUCUAUGCUAUCUGAUAGUAGCUGAGUUUUUUGUACAUGUAGAUCCUUCUCCAGGUGCUGAUAAUGAACCGAAAACGUAGAGCAGGGAAGCGCCAUUGGAUUGAUGAGGUAAAUCUCCAAAAGAUUUGGCUUGGCUGUGUAUAUAUUUCACAUGUAAACUUUUUCCACCUGCUCCUGCUUUUUAGUGAAUUCAAUCAACCGCAUUUAUGUUCGUUUCGGAUCAGCUACGGCUUGGAUGUCUGUCAAGCGUUUGCUUAGAUUCCAUUCCAAGAAAACAAGUGUUGUACUACAGGAAAAUCAAGAUAUAAUUUUCUUUAUAAAAUAAGGAGUACCUUGGGUUUUAGUUGUC